UUGAAAAUUAUAUUUGCAGGGAAGUUGUACCUGAAUGGAACGGCGACGGAGCCAAUUCGCCUGUUUGGGAAAUCUACAUGGCGAGGAAUAGUAAUUAAGCCAGGUGGAACUCUAGUGCUGAGUAACACAGCCAUUGAAGGCGCGUCGAUUGGCUUAUGGAUUGAUUCCGAAAAAGUUGCGGUGGAAAACGCCACAAUUGUGGAUUCAGUGGUUCACGGUGUUGAAAUCACAGCCAAUUCUGGACCCGACAUUGAUCUUGGAAACACGGAAAUCUUGCGUGCGAGAGGCAGUGGUAUAGGCGUUGAUGAGCGGAGGACAUCGAUAGCCAUAAGUAAUGUAGCGAUUCGUGAUGGAUGGGGCUCUGGUAUCGAUUUUCUCUCACCUACACACGACGUCAGUUUGGAGAAUGUGUUGGUAUCCAAUGGUUCAUCCUAUGCCAUCCAUAUCGUAGAGUUCCCUGCUGCUCCGCUAAGGUCCGUAAAAAUCCGAAAUGUCACAGUGAUCGACCAACAUCGGGGACAUGCCGGUGUUCUGAUAACAAGCGGAUGGGCUGAGGAAGUCAGUGUCGACGGUUCCACUUUCACAGGAAAUACUGUGCCAAGUCUCAUUGUCGCGAUAGAGGUAUGA